AUAUUCUGACAAAGAGCGUUGAGCAGCAGCAGCAGCAGCAGCAGCUCCGUGUGGCUGCAGCCCGGAGAGGAAAUGUUCAAAUGUCAGCUGAGGAGAUUUUAUUAUUGAUUUGUGCAGAUUUGGUGCAGAUGUGAAGCUGCUGCAGCUGCUGGGGCUUCUUGUUGCCGCCGCUGGAGAUUUCUGGGCAGAAUUAAUUAGCGGGACUCCAGACCCGCCCCUUUCAUUCAGCUCGGACGCAUCAGAUAAACCAUCUGUGUGUCCAAGAUGACGGCCAACAGCAGGUACCGGAGCCGCGCGCCCCGGUCAGGUGAGUCCCUGCAGGUGAUUAACAUCAGCUGAUGAGUCAAAUGAGUCUGUAAACCGGCGUCAUGUUUCUAUUGUUUCUCCCUCCGGAUGCUGUGAUCUCCUCUGACGGACUCUCGUCUCCUGGAAUUUGUCUUCAUGCCACAGAUGAUGCAGAGGAAAAAGAUUACGUUGGUUUUGCGACGCUGCCCAACCAGGUGCACAGGAAGUCUGUGAAGAAAGGGUUUGACUUCACCCUCAUGGUGGCAGGAGAGUCCGGUCUGGGUAAAUCCACUCUGGUGAACAGUUUGUUCCUCACUGAUCUGCAUAAAGACAGAAAACUGCUCAAUGCAGAGGAGCGAAUCAACCAGACGGUGGAGAUCACGAAGCACACGGUGGACAUCGAGGAGAGGGGCGUGAAGCUGAAGCUGACCAUCGUGGACACGCCGGGGUUUGGAGACGCCGUCAACAACUCCGAGUGCUGGUGCGCCGUCACCGACUACAUCAACCAGCAGUUUGAAAACUACUUCAGAGACGAAAGUGGCCUGAACAGGAAAAACAUCCAGGACAACAGAGUUCACUGCUGCCUCUACUUCAUCCCACCCUUUGGACACGGGCUGCGUCCCGUUGACAUCGAGUUCAUGAAGGCGCUGCAGGACAAAGUGAACGUGGUUCCGCUGAUCGCUAAAGCCGACUGUCUCACGCCCUCCGAGAUAAAGAAACUCAAAGAGCGGCUGAGGGAAGAGAUAGAUAAGUAUGGGAUAAAGAUCUACCAGUUCCCUGACUGCGACUCUGAUGAAGAUGAGGAGUUCAAGAGGCAGGAUAAAGAGCUGAAGGAGAGCUCUCCGUUCGCGGUGAUCGGCAGCAACACGGUGGUGGAAGCUCGAGGCCAGAGAGUGAGAGGGCGGCUCUACCCGUGGGGCAUCGUGGAGGGUAAGAGACGCUCUGCAGCCAGACUCCUGCUAGCGACCCGCCCUGAUAUAAAUCAAGUUUACUUACUUACUUACUUACUGACCAUAACCACCAUAAUCUCUCCUCUGUUGGCAGUGGAGAACCCGUCACACUGCGACUUCGUCAAGCUCCGGACCAUGCUGAUCAGAACACACAUGCACGACCUGAAGGACAUCACCAGCGACUGUCACUACGAGAACUACAGAGCCCAGUGCAUCCACACCAUGACCAGUAAAAUGAAUGCAGACAAGCGGGUGGAGAGCCCCAUCCCCAUCCUGCCGCUGCCCACGCCGGACGGAGAGACGGAGAAACUCAUCAAAAUGAAAGACGAUGAGCUGAGGAGGAUGCAGCAGAUGCUCCAGAAGAUGCAGCAGCAGAUGCACGAGCAGGACCUGUGACACUCACACUUUCACCUUUUUAUUUAUGAGCAAAAAUCAAACACGGGGGCACAGAUUCAAACCUACACUGAGUCCAUCUCUGCAGGGGAUGAGAUGAGAAACCUUCAGAGAGUCACAGUCACCCGAUUCUCAAAGGAGCAGCAGAUGAACGGCAUGCUGGGAGACGUAUUCUGACCUGAUUUUAACAAUAAACUGCUUUUUUUUUAAUGCAGUCAUUAGCCAAGUGAGUCUAGUUAGGCAAUAGAGAGUAGAUGCACUUUUUAGAUGACAGUAGAUUUUACUUGAGAACCUAAAUAAUGCACCAUUCCCUUGAUUCAUUUAGGAGUUUAUGCACUGAUUGUGUGGGAACCUGCUGACUGAACUUUAAAGGCGCUGAUGGUUUGCAGCUUCGGUUUUAGUAAAAUAUGCACGGUUAGUAAUCUCUUUCUUUUCUUUACACAUCUUCAAUGGUGGAAGAAGUAUUCAGAUCCCUUACUUAAUUAAAAGUUCUAAUAGCACACGGCUAAAAUACUCCUCCACAUGGAAAAGUCCUGCAUCCAAACCUUUGAAACUUUAGUUUUAGUGGCAUAUGCAUGCUUUGUCAUCUUUCUUCUUUUUUAAAGGACAGAUUAUAUCCAGUAUAUACAGGAUGUAUACAAAUAAAACGGUAACAAAAGAGUUAGGAGGUAUAUCACACUAAACUAAAAAUAUACAUAUUAAGCGUCUUAACAUCAUCAAAUUAGAAAUUAGAUCAACAUAUUGCUUGACAUCCUAUAGAAAACAACAAAAUUCGGGGGGGUUUGUUGCUUAAUUUACAUUUGCGAAUGAACAAUUUUGCCAAAAUCAUUAUCAAAUGUAUUAUUUUUUAAAUGUCUUAUUUUCUUGGGUUUUUGAAGAAACAAACACCGCAUUUUCCCAUAAUAAUGUGAAAUCUUUAAAGAUAAUGAUUGAAACAUUUGCAACUGAAUUUAUUGUGAGAAAAACACCAAAAUAUGUGUCAAACUGUCACAAUUAUUACAAUAUCAACUUGUCGAGCUCAACAGAAGUUAUCAAGGUCAUGUACGAUAUCACCCAUAGUGUUUAUAUUUUGUUUUUGUUUACAUACAAAUGUAAAUGCCAACACUUUUACCAACAUUAUGCCAUAAACUAGAACGUAUAACAACUAUUGUAAGACUUUUUUUAAACAAGAAAAAAUUAUGCUGAGACAGUUUUUUGCUUUUAUUUUUGGCUUACUGUGAAGUUUCACCGUGGGCGGGGCUCCGGCAGCUCCUCUACACACACGCAGUGGCAUUAAAUUAUCGUUUUUUUAAUCUUAAAACGGCAAUAAUAUUGUUUAGCGCAAAUAUUUCUGGAACAAUAUAUAUCGUCCAACAAAAUGCAGUUAUCGUGACAGGCAUAAAACUGUUUCUGAAUAUUAAUCUCAGAAAGAGCAGUUUUUGUUUAUUCUUUUUUUAUUUAUUCAUGUUGUGAUUUGUUUUUGAACAAACACCACAUUUUCCCAUAAUAAUGUGAAAUCUUUAAAGAUAUAAUGAUUGAAACAUUUGCAACUGAAUUUAUUGUGAGAAAGACGCCAAAAUAUGUGUAAAACUAUCACAAUUACAAUAUCAACUUGUCGAGCUCAACAGAAGUUAUCAAGGUCAUGUUCAUGUCUCGUACGAUAUCACCCAUAGUGUUUACAUUUUGUUUUUGUUCACAUACAAAUGUAAACGCCAACACUUUUGCCAACUUUAUGCCAUUAAACAUAAUUUAUAACAACUAUUAUAACUUUUUUUAACAGGAAAAAACUAUGCUGAGACCAUGUUUUGCUUUUAUAUCUGGCCAUGCUGCUGAGUUUCACCGUGGGCGGGGCUCCGGCAGCUCCUCUACACACACACAGUGGCAUUAAAUGGUCUUAAAACGGCAAUAAUAUCAUUUAUCACAAAUAUUUCUGGAACAAUGUAUUGUCUAACAAAAUGCAGUUAUCAUGACAGGCCUAAAUACAAUUUAUUGUUUUUUAAUUCAUUCAUGUCGUGAUUGGUGAUAGGGUAGUGUUUAUUAAUAAAAAAGGACACUUUCCGAACCUUAUUCCCAACUAGGUAUUCAUGAAGAAGCAUCCAAACAUACACAAACUGAUCAGUUAUUUCCGGGAUGUAGUGAAAAGUAUUUUUUUCUUAAUGGGUUAAUGAAAAAGAUGCAUAUCUGGGUGAAUAGAAGGCCUAAUUACAUUUCUCGAAAGCAUCAAAUGUUCCUCAGAAGUAACUGGGAAGUUGUAUGUAGAUAAAAAGUGUCAGUAAGUGAACAGUAACCGCCCUCGCUGAACAGCUGACUCACAUCCAGGAUGUCAGUAAUCCGAACCGCUGAGAACGGACAUAUGGCGUCAAACCAUCAGCCUCUUUUAAUUCUCAGCGCUGCU